UCCUCUGCUAGCUAUGACAGGUCUCAGCAGAAGGUAAAAAUCACUGACAUGAGAUCUUAUGCAAGUAAAAAUGCUAAACCGUUAACAACAGUAUUGGAAGACUACGAGAAGAGGAUCCGGUAUGUAUUCUCUCCUCUGAAUUUCACCUGCAGGAAUGAAACACUGGAAGGAGAGUUCCCAUUAUUUGGUGUCCCAACAGGAGCUCACUUUGAUGGACCAGUGGAAACACUUGGUGCCAAGUUACCUGGGCUAGGAGUAACAGUUGCUCACUACACUUUUGAAGAGAAUGGCUUUUCCUACUACACCUAUCAUCCACUGGGGCAGGAGGGUACCGAAUGCAUUCCAAUCACAACUUCUAUUGCUACUCUCAUGCCUCCUGAAGACGUAAUUGUACAGUAUGCUAAUGUCACUACUGAGCUUCCUCCAGAUGCUUUUAACUUGCCCCCUGGAUGUUGAUAAAUGUACAAUAAGAACCUCAAGAUUGAGCUAUAGCUGCACAUGUUAAUCUAUUAGUGCUGCUUAUAAACUAGAUUUUAUUUUUCAGCUUAAGUUUUAACAUGAUGUAAUGCCAGAGUGGUUUCUAUAGGCUUUAUAUCUAUAGGUUUUGAUAAAAUAAUAUUAUGAUACCAAUAAGACUAGUGCUAUGCCUAUAGGUAACUUAUCAAAGCUAGGUUUGUGGUGCUUAUCUGAUCAUGGAAUUCAGUGUUGGGUUGUUUCUCAUGAUAUUGUUUCUUACAUAAUGUUAUACAAUGAAUGCUGGACAUGAAUAGGAUUAUGCAACAUUAUGUAAUAAUACAAUGAUCUGAUAUAUUAUCAAGAGUACAAACCAAAUGGUGAAUAAUGUUUUCUGUUGUCAGUGUACUGAUUAGCUGAGCUGUUUUCAAGCUAUGUUUAUUAUUAUAAUUAAUGUUUGUCACCUAA